CUCAUUAGCUCACUAACAGUAGCUGUAAUCAUGGGAAGGCUACUGCUGCUCGUGCUGUGCUUGAUCUCUGCGAUGGCGUGUUCGCUCUCGACGCGUGCGGCCGCGCUUUGCGAGCACGGCGCCGGCGGCCUCCGGCGAGGUCUGGAGGAGCAAUCCAUGCGCGGCCGCCUCCUCGGCGACGACACGGCGGGAGGCGCGGCCGUGUCCGUGUACUGGUCCCCGCGUGUCCUGCAUAGCGUGGCGAACUUCACCAUCGGCACGCCGCCGCAGCCCGUGUCGGGGUUCAUCGACCUCUCCGGCGAGCUCGUCUGGACGCAGUGCGCGGCGUGCGGCGGCUGCUUCGAGCAGGAGCUGCCCCUGUUCAACACGUCCGCUUCGUCCACCUACCGAGCGGAGCCGUGCGGGUCCACGCUGUGCAAGUCCAUCCCGACGAGCAGCUGCUCCGGCUACGGCGAGUGCGGCUACGUGGCGCCCUCCAAGUUGGGGGACACCUUCGGGAUCGCCGGCACCGACACCGUCGCCAUCGGGACGGCCAAGGGGAGGCUCGCCUUUGGGUGCGUCGAGGAGAGCAAGAUCGACGCCAUGUGGGGGCCUUCCGGGUUCGUCGGGCUAGGGAGGACGCCGUGGUCGCUCGUCGCCCAGACGAACGCCACAGCGUUCUCGUACUGCCUGGCGCCGCACGGCCCCGGGAAGAGCAGCAAGCUGUUCCUCGGCUCCUCCGCGAAGCUGGCCGGCGGCAAGAGCAACUCGACGCCGUUCGUCAACGCCUCCGGCUCUCCCGACGAUGGCUCGGACCCCGACUACAAGGUCCAGCUAGAAGGGAUCAAAGCCGGCGACGUGGCUAUCUUGUCGCCGCCGAACGGCACUACCGUCGUGCUCGACACCUUCAGCCCGUUCAGCUUCCUGGUCGACGGCGCACACCAGGUCCUCAAGAAGGUGGCGGCCGCCGCCUUGGGCGCGCCGGCGGCGAAUCCGCUGAGACCGUUCGACCUCUGCAUCGAGAACGCAACGGUGAGCAACGCGCCGGAGCUCGUGCUCACGUUCCAGGGCGCCGCGGCGCUGACGGUGCCGCCGUCGAGCUACCUGUUGGACGUCGGGAACGGCACGGUGUGCCUGUCGAUCCUGAGCUCGGCGCGGCUGAACCUGACCGAUGGGGUCAGCAUCCUGGGGAGCUUGCAGCAGGAGAACGUCCAUUUCCUCUUCGACCUCGACAAGAAGACGCUCUCCUUCCAACCUGCAAACUGCAGCUCCCUCUCCUAAUCAAAUCGCUGCUGCUGCUGCUGCUUUCAGGAAGCAGUUCGUGUGCCAUUUAGCUUUGAUGUUCAACACGUCCGUGUGCUUCUUUUUUUUUUUUUUUGGUCAGAAUAGUCGAUCGACUUGAGCUGCAGCAUGUUUUUUUCCUCUCUAGUAGUGUGGCAGUGGGUAGCAUUUUCCCUUCCUGAAGAUAAGCGUGCUGCGUUUGUUUAGAGAUUUGCUCCACUCCAAUAAAAGGUAUCUCAAAAUACCGGUACA